CGCGUCCACCACAAGGCUAAUUGUCCUUUCGGAUCUAAUGCUUCACAUUCAUGUGUAGUUCCGUUAGUGUAAUUUGCCCGAAUAGAGUUGUCGAUAUCAUAAUACUAGAGGAAGGGAUGCCAAUCAGGUUCUUCUGAAGUUCCAGCGGUUUCAUCUCUUGUGAGCGAAUUUUCAAACUAGUGGCGCAAGUGUGCGGUCCAUUUACGCAAAGGCGAGAUAGAAGCGUCCUCUGGAUAAGGACAUAUCAAGUGAUGGAAUGCCCGAGGAAAAGCGUCAGCGUGUUCCCGCAUUAGCGAGUGUGAUUGUUGAAGCGGUCAAAAUGGACAGUCUGCAGAAACUCGGUUCCACUCUCGAGCCUUUACUUCGUCGGGUGUCACGGGAAACAGGUAGAAUUGAGCGUGUUCUUGUGAAGUUAACCCCGGCCAAAGUGUGUUUCAGAUCUUCUCCCAAAAGGAUACAGGGUUCUGAUUCCAGAAGUCUGCGGCUUCAAUUUAGAAACAAGUUGGCCUUGCCUCUUUUCACGGGAAGUAAGGUUGAGGGAGAACAAGGAUCUGCGAUUCAUGUUGUGCUGCAAGACGCUAGCACGGGCCAGGUCGUGGCUGUAGGAGCAGAAUCGUCUGCAAAGCUUGAAGUUGUCGUUCUCGAAGGGGACUUCUCUGCUGAUGAUGAGGAGGACUGGCCCCAGGAAGACUUCCAGAAUCCCAUGCUUCCUGCUAUUUGUUAAAAUGCCAUCGAGACUAUGCCUUGUUUUGAUUGUCCUAA